UGUUUUCGGGUCCAGUUCAGUUCGCUGUUCAGAUCAGUUCAGUUGAAAUCUCGGUGUUGUUGAGAUCGGAGCUUGUGCGUGUGCUCGUUUCUUCUUCUCGAGCCUCAUCGGCGUGUGUAUCGCGUAUAAAGGAAUCGAGAUGCGCGCAUUUGCACAGAGAUUAGUGUGCAUUUGGCUGGUUGUCAGUCCAGUGGUGUCGAUUGCCGUCCAAGAUGCCAUUUUCUCAAACGCAAUCCAGCGAGACAAAACGAUUCCAAACAAAACCAGCCCAGCAACUGGAGAUGUGAAGCCUUUGAAAAAGGUGUUUUUGUCCGAUCGGUCUGUGACCUGCAACGAUGGCUCCCAAGCAGGGUUUUAUCUGCGCAAAUCGGCUCACAGCAAGAAAUGGAUCAUUUUUCUUGAGGGCGGCUGGUACUGCUACGACCAUCACAGCUGCAGGAAUCGAUGGGUCAAGCAGCGGCAUUUCAUGACUUCUUCGAAUUGGCCCGAAACCCGGGAAGUCAGUGGGAUUCUGUCGCCCUCCAUGGAGGAGAACCCGUACUGGUGGAACGCCAAUCACGUGUUCGUUCCCUACUGCUCCAGCGACUCCUGGAGCGGCUCCAAAAAGCUGGAUAAGCGCGGUUUGUUCAGCUUCAUGGGAUCGUCCAUAGUUCUGCAAGUGGUCAGAGAUCUGUUGCCUUUAGGCCUGGAAAACAGCACCGAUCUUCUGCUAGCAGGCAGCAGUGCAGGCGGAACCGGCGUGAUGAUCAAUCUGGACUUUGUGGAAGAGCUGCUGCAUGAGCAGAUGAACCGGACGAAAAUCCGCGUCAAGGGAGUAACGGAUUCUGGAUGGUUCCUGGAUAGAACCCCGUUUGCGCCCACCAAUAAACCGGCAGUGGAGGCGAUUCGCAAGGGGAUGGACCUCUGGCAAGGCCGAGUGCCUAGAAGAUGUCGCGAACAGUACCUGGACGAACCAUGGAGGUGCUACUUUGGCUACCGGAUUUACCCCACUCUUAAAGUUCAACUUUUCGUCUUCCAAUGGCUGUUUGACGAGGCCCAAAUGGACGCAGAUAAUGUGGGAGCCCCCGUCACCAAACAGCAAUGGGACUACAUUCAUAAAAUGGGCGACGCGCUGCGCCACAGCUUCCAAAACGUUUCGGCUGUAUUUGCACCCUCCUGCAUCUCGCACUCGGUGCUCACCAAGCGCGAUUGGCUAAACGUGAAUAUCGACGGCAUUUCCAUUGCGGAUGCGCUCCACUGUUGGGAGCAGAAGACCAACAAACGAAGGCUAAAGCGCAGAAAGAACAACAGGGGAAAAGGCAAGCGACGACAGAACAGAACCAACCGGCUGAAUAAGACAAUGGGGGCCACCCAAGAGGAGAGCGAUGAAAUUGGCGAAAACUUCGACAGAAAUAAGCAGAAGAACGCACACAGAAACAGAAAACGGAAAAAUAAUAAUGGAAAAAACGCAAAUAGAAGAAAAGCAAAUCUAAUUAGACCCAUGGGCAACGUUUCCAAGAACAAUCUCAGCUCCAUCAACCAUCCAGCUUGGAGUGGGCAGCAGUCGAAGCCGCGAAAUGCCUUCAACAAGAAACAUUGCAUCCAUAGACGGUUGGAACGGUGUUCUUGGCCACAAUGCAACCACUCGUGCCCAAAGCUGCACAAUCCGUUUACUGGCGAAGAAAUGGAAUUUAUCGAGCUGCUGAAAUCCUUCGGUUUGGACAUGAACAGCGUGGCAAAUGCUUUGGGAAUCGACAUGGAAACCUUGAACAACAUGGAUCAGGGCGAGUUGCUCAAUCUGCUCACUCAGCAGGCAAAUUAGCCGUUUGCAAAGUCGUUGUUUAGUUUUACAUUGUUUGUUUCCUGCCUGAAAGUCCAAAAAGAAAUUGGUUACUAAACCCACACAGUACAGAGAGUAUAUUAUUAUAUGCAUAAGAAAUAGUUCAUUUUUGGCAACGAAACAUAUGUCCGAAGCCUUUAUUACGUGUGAUAAUCAAUUGGCCCAAAUGCAAACUCAUACAAAGGGAAUUUUAUAUAGAUUUGUAGAUAUGUCCUGUUUAAACUUACCUGUACAUAUUACGAUUUUAUAUAGUGUAAAUAGUCAAAGUUAUUUAUUUGUACAUGUUGUCUUCUUAUACAAUUUCGCCCUACACAUUUGCAUUUAUUGUUUAAUUGUCAUUUAACUGCUUGAGACGAACGUUAGAAAUUAGGCGAUUUAUUUAUUUAUUUAUUUAAGUUAGACCCCAAAGACGUUUUGCUCGGAUUUUAGCGCAAUAGGACUGAUUUUCAUUCUACCUCAUUUUUUUGUAUAUUGUUUAGGUUUUAGACUAUUGAUAAUUAUUGUUUGAUAACUAGUUUAUUUUCUUUUUUACUUGAAUAUAAAUGGCACUUCACUAUG